AAGAAGUCGGGCCGCUAUCUCAAGCAAGUCCUUGCAUCUAAUUUCUCGAUCUAAACUCGUUUGGGGCUGCGGUAAAUCCCACGGCCUAAGGCACUUUUUGCUUCGAAGUUGCUAGCACCGCGGGGAAACGCUACCUGAAGGCCUCAAUUAUCUACUUGAAAGAGGACCCCGCGAAGUUGUAGCUGUUCAAACUGCAAGUUCGUUUGCAGGCGUGCGCAGUCAAGGCUAAGCAGCACAGCUUCCUACAGACUUUGUUUAUCGCAACAAGUGCAAUAAUACUCUCUAGUCUGGUUUGUUAGCGCCUGCUAAAGCGCCUCCUGAGAGCACGACGCCGGGGAGGACUUCCUGGGCGACAUUGCGUAGGUGCACUACAAGCUUCACUACCUGACCACCAGUCUUCUUCAAGCCGGCCGGCCGUGCCGGCCGGCAGGCGUGCAAGUGCGGCUCCGGUCAGUCUGCACCUGUUGCGCCUGCUGUGGAGGUCUCUAGGACAGCCGCACCGACAACCAUGAGGUACCAUCGCUCCAAUUCCGGUGCUCGCCAGAGCCACGGGGGGCAACGCAGUUACCAGGCGUUGGACAGCCCCCCUCGACUCAAACACCGCUCGGGGCCCUCCAUGUCUGCUGAACGCUUCCUCCUUCUCGUGGAUCAGCUUAUGUCCAGAGCUAACCAGCUGUGGCAGCAAGAGGAGCUAGAGUUGCAACGCGGGCAUGAACUCAUGGUGAUCUGCCCCUCGCCGCCCAGUCCGCAGCACGCCCUGCAGCAACAUGAGGUGGACGAGGAGCCGAGCUCCCCACCGUCCCCCUACGCCUACGACGCCGCCUCGCUCCUGCACCCGCCCUCGCACUGCCUCCAGAGCCCCUCGUUCGGGCCCGUCGCCAACCACCUCAGCAGCCCCACCUGGAGCGCUGAGCUGCUGGCCGCGUCCUUAGGGUUGGGGCAGCAGAUCCCAGACGGUGUGGUGGAGGAGGCAGGCGCCACGGUUGGUGCGGGACCCCUCUCCAGCUACGAUGCCGGGCCGUCCACAGCGGGGUGCGGGCAGGGCAGCAAGGAGCCCCCGGGCGGCCCCGGUCAUCACCAGCCGCUUUGCCUCUCCCACCACCACCAACAGCAGCAGCAGCAACAUCCACAUCACCAGCAGCAGCAACUCAACAACAGCAGUGGUAGCUGGCAGUUGUAUGACGCAGAGGCGUACAUCACGUUGCAACCUGUGGGAGGCGCUUCUUCGCAUGGAUGCGGCGGAGGCAGCGGGCCAGCUCGGAUGCGGUUGCCGGACAAGAGUGAAGGAGGAGCCGGGACAGCAUCCGCGCGGCAUGCGCAAAACUUGGACCCCUUCUACGGCCUACUAUCGUACACGCCCGGAGCUGACGACUUCCUCGGAUCCCCGUCCUGGGGUCCUGGUGGUCUUCUAUGAGGCUGCGACCAGCCAAACACAUAACCUAUUACCCUGAGCAUUUGUUUGGGACGUAUUUCGACAGGAAGACAGACCAAUGUGUGUGACAUUAACCAUGCUGUGGGUGUUUGAAGGGUAUUGAGUGCAGGUUCAUAGUGCGGUGGCUGUCAACCCCGUGCGGCGCUUUGAUUUAAAAAGGCAAGCGUGCCCUUCGAACGUUUUGUCGCCAGUGUGCAGCGCGCAAUACAGGUAGUGUUGACCCUUGUGUGCCUUGACAGUGAUGGCGUUGAACUGAAUGAUUAGGGAGGCCCAGAGAUAGCGAGCACGGAGCCAACUCUACACAUCUUGGCAGCGUUCAAACAAUUUUGAGGCCGCAUUACGUAGUCUUCUUUACUUUUCGUGUGAUUGUAUCGCAUUUUUUUCGUGGCCGUUAGGAUGGUAGAGGAAUGAAUAGAGUAAGCAGAGUGGUUGAGUCGGGAAUGUCCGCGUCGGAAUACAUAUGAGCGUUCGUCGCGAUGUAGGAAAGGUUGUAGCUUAUUAUUGAACGCAUGUAUAUGGGUGGUUUCUGGUGUUUGCUUUCCUUUUUGGUCGGCAUUGCCUGCCAGAUGCCCAACGAGGGCAAGUGGAUCUUUUUUGGGCCGGUACGGUUCUAGUAUCCUAAUGUCUAUGGUCUUAUGCGUGAAAGCAGGAUUUCCUUGCUGCCAACAUAACAUUAAACCUGAAAAUACGCUUCCUAGGCUCACACUGAAGCCUCAAGAUUAAGCUAACCGCGUCCACUGCAACCUUGUUUAUAUCUGUGCCUUUUAUGAGAAUCUCUAAGAGUCAUGAUAUCGAAUAUGCAAAACUAUGAACCACCUUGGUGACGAGAGCGCAAGAACAGGAUGUUUACCGAUUUGCAAGGGCAUCGUAGCUGCGCGGCAGCGGGGCGCAGAUCCGCGGUGGCAGAGUCUUCGCGUUGCACUAGUUCUUCUUCUUGCCGGAUUUUAUGGGCUUUUGCAGCUGACAGCUGCUUCGGUCGUCCGCUUGCAAGCCGCCAUGUUGGCCUAUGCCCAAGGCGACUUACGGCCUCCGGCUCGCAUCGAGCGGCGGGGCAGGUGAUGACGUCAGGCGAAGCAGGCGAGGCUUACACCAGCACCACCCACACCCCGCCACCUUCAGCGGUUGCGACCCUCUCACGACCGCCCACUCGUCCCAGCAGCUCCCCACUCCAACCCUCAACGCAGCUCCCCAUAGCCACCUCCUCCUCCCUCUCCUCCUCCUCCUCCUUUAGCACCCUCACCAGCAUCCCUCCGCCUUCCUCCUCCUCCCCAAUCUCCGACUCCCCAGCUGACUCAGAUGCCGUACUCGACGCGCUAGCCGCCGCCUUCGCCCCCCUGCCCCGCCACCGCCUCCGCAUGAUCUUAGAACGCCAGCCCCUCCUCCGUCGCGCCAGCCCCACCCUCCUCGCCGACCGCAUUCUCGCCUACUCCCGCGUUACCGGCCUGCCCCCCUACCAGCUCCUCUACAUGGCGGCCCGCCGACCCGGCGUCCUGCAGCUCUCACCGCCCGCGCUGCAAGCCCGCUGCGACGGCUUCGCCCGAGCCCUCUCCCUCACCCAGGCCGACGCCCUCAAGCUGCUGCUCUCCCAGCCCGCCUUCCUGGACAUCCCAACUGACGCGCUCCGCAC